AUGAGUCUUUCACGUGCUUCAAGUAUUUCUCGUUUAUCCUCAAGUGUUUCUCGUUUAUCAGUAACCAUCGAAAGAAACAAAAAUAAAAGAAGUAAAAAAUCGAACGAAAGAGAACAAUUUAAUCAACCUGACCCAUCUAAGCGUUGGAUUGAUUUUAAGGAUGUGUUUCUUCGAGAUGCAUUUAAAACAGUAAAACGAGACGUAGCAAGAUAUCAGGUGGAAGACUACCAUGUUUUAAAAAUAAUAAAGGAACGGCACAGACACCAAAGAGAAAAAUAUCUCAAGCAACAGAACUCGGUGUUAAACAAUAGAGUCUAUCAUAGUGAUGAACCUUCGGAAACUGAUGAAGAAGCAGCCAACGAAGAACAUCGACUAGGAAUUUAUAACAUUUCUGAAAAAGAACAAGACAGGCACAACCAUGUCGUUAAAGUGGUAGAUAAAAAAUGGCGUUCUUCUAAAUUAAAAGAAAUCUUGAUGAUAUGCGAAAUUAGUUUUGCAACAAAAAACACAAGCAAAAUAAAAAGACGUCAUUGGGGAAGUGCUAAUGUCAACAGCAGUGCUUCACUACCGCCCAGGACCCUGAAUGGUGUAUUUCACGCUCAUACAAUGUGA